UUACAUAUGGGUUUCUCAAAGGGACCAUCCUCCUUCUUGCAUGUUUUCUUCUUGGCACUCUUGCUUUGGGACCAUGGGGCUCAAGCCAAACAAAAUUACAAAGAUGCCCUUGCCAAAUCCAUCUUGUUUUUCCAAGGUCAGAGAUCCGGGAGGCUCCCCACCUCCCAGAAACUCUCGUGGAGAUCCAUUUCGGGCCUCUCUGAUGGCUCACUAGCACAUGUGAAUUUAGUUGGAGGGUACUAUGACGCAGGAGACAAUGUGAAAUUUAACUUCCCGAUGGCGUAUACGAUAACAAUGUUAUCGUGGAGUGCUUUGGAGAACUCGAAGCCCCUUGGCCCACAGCUAGAAAAUGUGAGAGUGGCUAUUAGGUGGGGGGCUGAUUACCUUAUCAAGUGUGCGACAGCCACCCCGGGUGUACUCUAUGUGGGUGUCGGAGACCCGAAUACAGACCACAAGUGUUGGGAGCGGCCAGAGGACAUGGACACGGCCCGAACGGUUUACUCCGUCUCCCGGAACAAACCAGGGUCUGAUGUUGCUGGUGAAACAGCAGCAGCUUUAGCUGCUGCUUCAAUGGUGUUUCGGGUAGUAGAUAAAAAAUACUCCAAGUUGUUGUUAAGAACAGCAAAGUCUGUGUUCCAAUUUGCUGCACAGUACAGGGGUUCCUAUAGUGACUCCCUUGGUGCAGCUGUUUGCCCAUUUUACUGUUCUUAUUCUGGAUAUAAGGAUGAAUUGUUGUGGGGAGCUGCAUGGUUGCUAAGGGCAACAAAAGAUGUAUCCUACCGCAAUUUUAUUAACUCAUUAGGCGCUAAUGAUGCAACAGAUAUAUUCAGCUGGGACAACAAACUUGCGGGUGCACGAGUUCUUCUGUCUAGGGGGAGUUUGGUGGCAAAUGAUAAGUCAUAUGAGCCAUUCAAACAACAAGCUCAGGAUUUCAUGUGCAGAAUUCUACCCAAUUCCCCUUAUUCCACUACACAGUAUACUAAAGGGGGUCUAAUGUUUAAACUAAGUGCAAGUAAUCUCCAAUAUGUGUCAUCCAUAACCUUCUUGCUCACCACCUAUGCCAAAUACAUGAAAUCAGCAAAAACCACCUUCAAUUGUGGCAACAUCUUGGUGACCCCAGAUACCCUAAUUAACCUUGCAAGAAAACAGGUUGACUAUAUAUUAGGAGACAACCCAAUGAAGAUGUCUUAUAUGGUAGGAUAUGGAGCAAAUUACCCGCGAAGAAUUCAUCACCGAGGCUCCUCAUUACCCUCAGUAUCAACUCACCCGCAAUCUUUUGGCUGUGAAGGAGGCUUCCAACCAUUUUAUUACACCUCGAACCCGAAUCCCAACAUACUAACUGGCGCAAUCGUGGGAGGUCCAAAUGAGAACGAUUUCUACCCUGAUGAGCGAACCGACUACAGUCAUGCAGAACCUGCUACAUACAUUAAUGCAGCUAUAGUUGGGCCUUUAGCAUACUUAUCUGGGAGAGCUUAAGAUAAUACAUUUAGAGCUUUCAGAUUACAUGCAUGUUGUAUCAAAAUCAAGUAUCUGCCACCCAAAGGAGUAGGUAAGAAUACAAGUAUUUUAAGUUGUAGUAAUUAAUCAUGGUUCUGUAUCUGUUUCCACCAUAUACUUAAAUUAACAUCCCAAUAAUGAAGGCAAUAUUAGCAUGUUACAAAA